AUGCUCAAACGUUUUGAUAUGAUUGAAUGUAAGCCAGUGAAAACUCCAAUGGUUGCCAUGAAAAAUUUGGAUUGUGAAAAUAUGAUUGAAAAUUGUAAAGAGUAUCCUUAUAGGCAAGCAAUAGGCAGUUUGUUAUAUUUGGCUAAUGGUUCAAGACCUGAUAUCACUUAUGCAGUAAACAUAUUGAGUAGAAAACAAACAAAUUUUGAUAACAGUGACUGGAUUAAAGUCAAAAGAGUGUUUCGAUAUCUAAAAGGAACUUUCAAUUUGGGACUGCAGUAUAAAAGUGAAAAAGAUGGUCUAGAGUGUUUUGUUGAUGCUUCCUUGGGAAUGAAUGAUGAAGCAUGGAAAUCAACGAGUGGUCUUGUAAUCAUGUUGUUUGGAGAUAUUAUAAGUUGGAGAUCAAAGAAACAAAGCCACGUUGCUGAAAAGAACUCAUUUGUUUUAAAGAAAUGUGUAAUAAAUUGA